CCGCCUUCUGCCGCGCGGCGACCCGGCGCUCCUGUUCGCGCGGACCCGUCCGGCGGCGGCCGCUCCUCCAGCCUCCCCGAGCCGGGGCGCCCCACCAAGUCCAGCCGCUCGCCUCCCGUCACCCCCUCGGCGCGGCCCCAGCGCAGCCCCGUUGCCAUCAGCACAAUGAUUCCCUGCAGGGCAGCCAUGACUUUUGCCCGCUGUCUGAUCCGGAGAAAGAUCGUCACUCUGGACAGUCUAGAAGAUACUAAAUUAUGCCGCUGCUUGUCCACCAUGGACCUCAUCGCGCUCGGGGUGGGCAGCACCCUGGGCGCGGGGGUCUACGUCCUGGCCGGCGAGGUGGCCAAGGCGGAUUCCGGCCCCAGCAUCGUGGUCUCCUUCCUCAUCGCCGCGCUGGCCUCAGUGAUGGCCGGCCUAUGCUAUGCUGAGUUCGGGGCCCGCGUUCCCAAGACCGGCUCUGCCUACUUGUACACGUAUGUCACCGUUGGAGAGCUGUGGGCCUUCAUCACGGGCUGGAAUCUCAUUUUAUCUUAUGUCAUAGGCACGUCAAGUGUCGCAAGAGCAUGGAGUGGCACCUUUGAUGAACUUCUUAGCAAACAGAUUGGGCAGUUUUUGAGGACGCACUUCAAAAUGAAUUACACCGGCCUUGCAGAGUAUCCAGACUUUUUUGCUAUGUGCCUUAUAUUACUUCUAGCAGGCCUUUUAUCUUUCGGAGUAAAAGAAUCUGCUUGGGUGAAUAAAAUCUUCACAGCUGUUAAUAUCCUGGUCCUUCUCUUUGUUAUGGUUGCUGGGUUUGUGAAAGGAAAUGUGGCAAACUGGAAGAUUAGUGAAGAGUUUCUCAAAAAUAUAUCAGCAAGUGCCAGAGAGCCGCCUUCCGAAAAUGGAACAAGUAUCUAUGGGGCUGGUGGCUUUAUGCCUUAUGGCUUUGCAGGAACUCUGGCUGGUGCUGCGACUUGCUUUUAUGCCUUUGUGGGAUUUGACUGCAUUGCAACAACUGGUGAAGAGGUCCGGAAUCCCCAGAGAGCUAUUCCCAUUGGAAUCGUGACUUCAUUGCUUGUUUGCUUUAUGGCCUAUUUUGGGGUCUCUGCAGCUUUAACGCUUAUGAUGCCAUAUUACCUCCUGGAUGAGAAAAGUCCCCUUCCUGUGGCAUUUGAAUACGUAGGCUGGGGUCCUGCCAAAUACGUUGUGGCCGCUGGCUCCCUCUGCGCCUUGUCAACAAGUCUUCUUGGAUCCAUUUUCCCAAUGCCUCGUGUAAUCUAUGCUAUGGCGGAGGAUGGGUUGCUUUUCAAAUGUCUAGCUCAAAUCAAUUCCAAAACGAAGACACCAAUAAUUGCUACUUUAUCAUCAGGUGCAGUGGCAGCUGUGAUGGCAUUUCUGUUUGACCUGAAGGUGCUCGUGGACAUGAUGUCCAUUGGCACGCUCAUGGCCUACUCCCUGGUCGCAGCCUGUGUUCUCAUCCUCAGGUACCAGCCCAGCUUAUCUUACGAGCAGCCCAAAUAUUCUCCUGAGAAGGAAGGUCUGGAAGCAUGUCCCAGCGCCACCUCGAAAAGCGAGUCCCAGGUCACCAUGCUGCAAGGACAGGGGUCCAUCCUGCAGAGCCUCUUCAACCCCUCCCUUCUGCCUACGCAGCAGUCGUCUUCUCUCGUGAGCUUCCUGGUAGGAUUCCUGGCGUUUCUCAUCCUGGGCCUGAGUGUCCUGACCACCUACGGGGUUCCGGCCAUUGCCCGGCUGGAGGGCUGGAGCCUGGCUCUCCUCACGCUCAUCCUGCUGCUCUGCGCCGCCGUGGUCCUCGCCAUCUGGAGGCAGCCCCAGAACCAGCAGAAAGUGGCCUUUAUGGUUCCAUUCUUACCAUUUUUGCCGGCAUUCAGCAUCCUGGUGAACAUAUACCUGAUGGUCCAGUUGAGUGCGGACACUUGGAUCAGAUUCAGCAUUUGGAUGGCACUUGGUUUCGUGAUUUACUUUGCUUAUGGCAUUAGACACAGCCUGGAGGGUAAUCUGAGAGAUGAAGAUGAUGGUGAAGAUGCUUAUUCAGACGACAUUAAUGCAGCAACAGAAGAGAAAUCUGCCAUUCCAGCAAAUGACCAUCACCAAAGAAAUCUCAGUUUACCCUUCAUAUUCCAUGAAAAGACGAGUGAAUGCUAA